UCGCCAUCAACUUGAAUCUGCCUCUUUCCUCGUGCCGACCCCGUCAAUUGCGAUCCAUUCAUUGCGACAUCAGAACCCCCGAAGGACGCCCAGGCCGGGCAGAGGAUCGCCAUGGCUACCUGUAUCUCCCUCACCGGAUCAAAGCAAUGUCCGGCUUUUAAUGGAUCCUCGAUAUCGACCAACUCUAGUCUUCACACUAAUUUCCCGUUUAUGGAAUCCGUUUCGAACUUGACCCAAUUUGACGAAGCGCUGGAUAACUACGUCCAGGAUUCCUAUGUCAAGCGAAAAUAUGUUGAUUAUCUGGGUUGUGGAGGCGCUAAUCUUACCGAUACCGAUGACUACUACGCCCGGUACACCACGAGCUCGUUAUGCAAUGGGAUCGUGCAGAGCUCGAAGGAUGACUGCAAUCUGUCCAGCGAGGAGUCAAGGCCGCUCUGUGCCGAUGAUUGUGCGCUGAUGGCUAGAAGCGAACAGGAAAUCCUGGUCAACGCGGACCUUUGUCCGCAGCGAGAUGGGAACUACAUGGACCAAAUCCGCUCGGAUUUCACCGUCUGUGCCCUGCCUGCUAAUUCGCUUACGGUGACCUGCAUAUCGGGAGCAGAUAACGAGCCCGACGAGUGUGGAUUCCGAUCUAAUAUGAUGGGUCUCUGCGGAUAUUGCGCCGGAAGCUCUCCCAACUCGACCGAUUCUUGCUGCGUAAACGCCGACGCCGGAACUCGUUGCAAGGACGUGACGCUGCCAUCACCGACGACGACUCUGCCGCCGAUAAUUACCACGACAUCCAACUCAACCGCAGAUGAUUCGGGUGGCGGCCUGUCGGGCGGACAGAUUGCCGGGGUCGUGAUUGGUUCCGUGGCCGGAGUCGCCCUGUUGGCUGCGUUGGCGGCAUUUGGCCUCAUAUACUGUCGACGAAAGCGCCAAACAAGGAACGACGGGAUGCUGAAUCAGCCCAAUCCCCAGAGAAAAGGCUCACCAUCCAUGCAAGGCGCGGGCCAGCACGGUUUCGCCGCCAUCCCGGGGGGAAGGGUUACCAGGAUGUCUGCGCUACGAGAGAUGCCCAGUUCCUCACCGGCACGGUCUCGCACCUCUCGGGGCUUUUUCGGCGGGGCCAAAUACAGCGACUCGUCCGACUCCGAAGGCUACGGAGCCAGUCCUGGAGCGAUGUCUAAGAGGAUUCCUCCGACGGCAGGCAAGCGACACGGCUCGCUCUCGAGCAACUCGGCGUUUGCCGGCGCGGGUAGCGACACAUCGCCUCGUUCUGGCACCAACGGUCAAUACUCCUCCCCCGAGGGAAUUGCCAGUGGACAAUCCGAACAACUUUCCUCUUUCCAGGAUUAUUACUCGCAAGAUGACAUUCGGCCUGGUGAUCGCGUUGCCGCUUUGUGGGCAUACCAGCCUCGUGCGAACGAUGAAUUCUCUCUGGACCGCGGCGAUAUGUUGAAGAUUAUAGGUAUUUGGGAUGAUGGCUGGGCUACCGGAAUUCGCAUCCCCGAGAAUGCCGAAGACUAUGACGCUCGACACCGCGAACAGCGCGACAGUGGGGUGUCCAAUGGCUCGCAUCGCCCGACCGCAUCGCCGGCGCCCGUGGGAGACAUCAAGGCGUUCCCGUUGGUCUGCGUCUGUCUUCCGCAGCAUUGGCGAAAAAUCAUCGAUGGAGGACAAGGCGACGAUGAUUGAUGACCCGCAGACCGCCAUGUUAAGAUCAAAUCUGCAUGGCUUGUUUACAUGCCGGUUUACGCCUUUAACGAUAGCGUCGUUGUCUACUCUCUUGUGAUUUUUCUUUUUUCCAAACCUUGCGAGCCUUUCUUCA